GGUCAGCUGCGGCUACGCCUUCACGACUCCGCGGAGACUCAGAGGACCCAGACCCAUGUGGAAGCUGCUACCCGCCGCGGGCCCUGCCCGAGAACCAUUCAGACUUUUGACUGGUGUUGAAUACAUUGUUGGACGGAAAAACUGUGGCAUUGUAAUUGAAGGUGAUCAGUCAAUCAGUCGAAAUCAUGCUGUGUUAACUGCUAACUUUUCUGUAACCAACCUGAGUCAAACAGAUGAGCCUCCUAUAUUGACAAUAAAAGAUAAUUCUAAGUAUGGUACCUUUGUUAAUGAGGAAAAAAUGCAGAAUGGCCUUUCCCAAGCUUUGAAGACAGGGGAUAGAGUUACUUUUGGAGUGUUUGAAAGUAAAUUCACAGUAGAAUAUGAGCCUUUGGUUGCAUGCUCUUCUUGUUUAGAUGUUUCUGGGAAAACUGCUUUAAAUCAAGCUAUAUUGCAACUUGGAGGACUUACUGUGAACAAUUGGACAGAAGAAUGUACUCAUCUUGUCAUGAUAACAGUCAAAGUUACCAUUAAAACAAUAUGCGCACUCAUUUGUGGACGUCCGAUUGUAAAGCCAGAAUAUUUUACUGAAUUUCUUAAAGCAGUUAAGUCCAAUAAACAGCCUCCACAAAUUGAAAGACUCCUGUGAGAACGUGAAAACACUGUUUUCACAGUUUCCUCCAGAAACUACACUUUCAUACUACCAGCGUGCCUAGUAUUUCAACAGAAUCACAUCUUCCUCUAAAGCCUUUUCAUGAUCCUCCCUAUGGAAGCCAAUAAAUACCAUAAAUAAAGACGCUUGCU